UGGCUUACAGGCACCCACGUGACCAAGUGUGGACAGCUCUUAUAAAUAUUGUCCAAUCUCCACCCGAUCAUGAAUCUGUGGUGCUACACUGGAGAUGUCGUCGUGACAGAUCCAACUCUCGCUUUGACGCUAUUAUCAGGGCUUUUGGCGAUGAUGGAAUCUUAAAUGGAAACUGCAUCAUCACUGGAGCCACACACCCAGAUCUUUAGAUAUUUUGAAGGCAACCAUGCAUAGCCCUACUGCUGAUAUUGUGUCAGGCUAUCCCAGUGGGUUAGUGGCGGACAAAGAGCCCAGUCCAGAGACAACUUUGGGGAGUGCUUACUCACCAGUGGAUUAUAUGAGCAUUACAAGUUUCCCCAAACUACCAGAGGAUGAUGUGCUCCCUGGAGAAAACGCCAUGAAAUCUCGCAAAGAAGAUGACAAUGUUCUCAGUGAGCAAGACACUGAUCCAGACUUGUUCUUGAAGUCAGCUCGUCUCCAGCGUCUCCCCUCCUCCGCGUCAGAUCUAGCCACUCAUGAGGAUGGGACCUUUAGGGAGACCACCACAGACCCAUUUACUCAGGAGUGUGCCUGCCAGCGAGACGGACUCACUGUCAUAAUCACAGCCUGUCUCACCUUUGCCACUGGAGUCACUAUAGCUCUCAUUGUCCAGAUCUACUGUGGAGACCCCCAGGUCUUUAAUCAAGGAGCAGUGGUGACAGAUGUUGCCCAGUGCACCUCUCUUGGAUUUGGAGUCCUGGAAAAACAGGGGUCCAGUGUUGAUGCUGCUAUUGCUGCUGCUUUGUGUUUGGGCAUUGUCCAUCCACAUACUUCUGGUAUAGGCGGUGGGGGUGUUAUGCUGGUGCAUGAAAUCCGCAAAAAUGAUACCAGAGUGAUUGACUUCAGAGAGACAGCUCCUUCAGUUAUCACUGAAGAUAUGCUUCAAACCACUUUGGAUGCCAAACCUGGCCUUUUGGUGGGAGUUCCUGGUAUGCUUAGUGGGCUGAAUCAAGCUCAUCAGUUAUAUGGAAGACUGCCAUGGAAAGAUGUAAUCACCAUGGUAGCUGAUGUUGCCAGAAAUGGAUUUAAUGUUACUCAUGAGCUUGCUCAAGCUCUGGCUGAUGCGAAGAACCAGAACAUGUCCAAGGCAUUUGAGGAUUUGUUUCUCCCAAAUGGCCAGGCCCCUCUUUCUGGGGUUUUUAGCAGACGGAUGGACUUGGCUAUCAUCUUGGACGCUGUUGCAGUAAAGGGCAUAUCUGAGUUCUACAGUGGGAACCUCACACAAGAAAUAGUUGCUGCGGUGCAAGAGAAAGGAGGAGUUCUCACUGAAGAAGACUUGAACAAAUAUAGCACAGUUUUGCGAAAACCAGCUGAGAUCAAUUAUCAAGGACACCAUGUGAUGGCCCCUCCAGCUCCACAUGCAGGCAUUGCUUUGCUCACUGCUUUAAACAUUUUGGAAGGCUAUAAUAUUACAAAUCAACUUUCUAGACAGAGCACUUUUCACUGGAUUGCUGAGUCUGUUAAAAUAGCUCUGGCAAUGGCUAGUGAGAUAGGGGAUCCCAUGUUUGAUACUUCUGUCUCUGAAAUAGUUGCCAAGAUGUUGAGUAAACCACAUGCCUCCCAGUUUCGCCAGAUGAUUGAUGAUUCCCAGACAUUUUCUGCUGAUCACUACACUCAAACAUUCACGUUAGAAAAAGGAGCUGGGGCUGCACAAGUUGUGGUGAUGGGGCCAGAUGAUGUAAUUGUAUCAGUUAUGAGCUCUCUGAACAAACCUUUCGGCAGUGGGAUACUGACACCUUCCGGAAUACUCUUAAACAGCCAGAUUUUGGACUUCUCUUGGCCCAAUAAGACGGAAGGCACCACACCAAACCCACAUAACAGAUUACAGCCUGGUAAGCGGCCACUGUCUUUCCUUAUGCCCACUGUGGUGAGACCUGCUGUGGGGCUGUGUGGAACAUAUGUGGCUACUGGAUCUUCUAAUGGAGAAAAGGCUCUCAGUGGCAUUACUCAGGUGCUGUUGAAUGUAUUGUCUUCACGUAAAAAUAUGAGUGACAGUUUGGCUUAUGGUAGACUCCACCCACAGCUGGAGCCAAACACCCUGUUGGUGGACUCUGAGUUUCUUGAUGAAGACAUAAAGUUUCUUCAAAGUAAAGGUCACAAGGUUGAACGAAAAGAGCUGCUGUCAUUAGUGGAAAGCACUAGACGGAACAAUGAUGUCAUUAUCGGAGUGAAGGACCCCAGAAGCGCGGAUGCCUUGGCUCUCAACAUUGCAUAGUGUCAUUGUGUGCCAAUUGUAGUUUCACAUUUUGUAGAAAAAUGUUUGUAUAUAGAUAGAAAAUUGUGUCUAUACUACACUACCUAUCAACACACUAUCUACACUAUCUAUCUACUAUCUACACUAUCAACUGAAACCAUUUGAGUUUUAAGUAAUGUGUAAUGCUUCUCACAAAGUUUAUACAACAUUGAAGGUCAAUGAAAAAGAAUAUGUCUAACAAAAGAAAAUUAUUUAUUUAAUUAGGCCUAUUUUUUGCCACCUUGCAAAAUACAUUUUCUACAUUGAAUAGAUUUACUGUGCAGACAUUGAAUGUUUUUAUUUAAUAUUAUAUGUGUUUUAUGUUCCUGUUUGCAUGGUAUAUUUAUGCUACAAAUAUUGUAGGCCUGCUGGUUACUGAGGAAAAUAAUUUUUGACUAGUGUAUUUAGUAUACUUAAUUUAAUUAAUUUUGUGGUUGUUUAUGGUCAAAGCAAAAUUGUUACUGAUGUUAUUCAACUACUUGCACAAAACCUGAUGUUUGAUGAC